AUGGACCUUUCGGCCACAGAACAAUUGCUUAAGAAGAUUCAAGAACUUGAAGCUAUAGAUGUUCAGCUGAAAGAAGAAAUGUCAAAAUUAGUCCUUUCUACAACCAGUUCUUCUUGUGUAGGAUUAGAUUCUGGAAAUAAGUUGGAUUACAAUGGCCAGGUGUCUCACUUAAAUUCGACUGAGCAAUCAAGAUUGGCCAAUCCUAGGGGAAAGCAUUAUUACAGGAACCGAGCGGCCGAACACCUUUAUGGUUAUUCUGCCUCAGAAGCGCAAGGUCGUAAUAUUCUCGGAUUUAUUGUUGAGGAGCGUGAUUUCAAUGAAGCAAGUGAAAUCGUUCGCAGAAAUUCCUCAGGAGAAAUCUGGACAGGGCAGUUUCCGCUCAGGAAUAAGCACGGAAGACGAUUUCAAAUCACAGCCACAAACACCCCAUUGUAUGAUGACAGUGGUACUUUUGUUGGAAUUAUUUGUUUAUCAUGUGAUUCGGAUCUUUUUAGAGAAGUUACCACACCAGUUUCAUUCGGAACAAAUACUUCGAAAAACGAUGCCUAUCCCAAACCUGGUUUUGCCUCUCAGCAACAUUCUGAAGUUUCUUCUAAAACUUCAACAUUGGCAUCACGAAUGACUAAAAAACUCUGGUCGAAAAUGAGAAUUCGUGAAAGCACCAUGAAAUGUGAGACUCAGGGUGGCAGCUGGUGUUUCUGUUGUCAAGGUUUUCCAGAAACUAUUAGCGCUGACCAUAGGCUGGUCGCAACAAAGGAAGUAUCUCUAGGAAACCCAUUUGGAGAUUCUGCUGAUGAUGAGGGUUCACAUAAGACUAGGAUCUACAAGAUGAUAACAUCUAGGGUGAUGGGGAUAUCAUGGCAGCCAUUGGAAAUCAUUGAACAACGUAAGAAUCGUGACCAACAAUACCAGGUAUUGGAAAGUAACCUGUUUGCUGCAAAUGAAGCCUCUGGCGGAAAUGAAACAUGCAUGUGCGGUGAUGGUACUAAUAGUAGUAGCAACCCUCGUCGUGAAUUAUAUAUGGAUGCACAUGCUUUCUGUUAUGAUAUCUCGUGGAAUACCUUGACAUUCGGUGCACAAUUAGGGAAAGGUUCUUGUGCAACUGUGUGUCAUGGUCAGUGGUAUGGCUCGGAUGUUGCAAUUAAGGUAUUACUUAUGAAGAGGCUCCGGCAUCCAAAUGUGCUACUCUUUAUGGGUGCAGCAACUUCACCUCACCAUCUGUGCAUUGUCACUGAGUUCCUUCCACGUGGGAGUUUGUUUCAGUUGUUUCGACGUCACACUCCUACCUUAAAUUGGAAGCGGCGUGUUCAGAUGGCUUUGGAUAUUGCACAAGGUAUGAAUCACCUUCAUCUAAACGAACCACCAAUCAUUCACCGUGAUUUGAAGUCAUCAAAUCUUUUGGUUGAUAGGAACUGGACUGUGAAGGUUGGUGAUUUUGGUCUCUCACGACUCAAACAUGCAACAUUUCUCACAACGAGGAAUGGGAAAGGAACGCCACAGUGGAUGGCUCCAGAGGUUAUUCGUAAUGAGCCCGCAGAUGAGAAGUCUGAUGUAUAUAGCUUCGGAGUCAUACUAUGGGAGCUUGCCACAUUACAAAUCCCUUGGGAUGGCCUAACCUCGAUGCAGGUAAUUGCAGCGGUAGGAUUCAUGGACAAACGAAAUGAGAUUCCAAAAGAAACUGACUCUCAAUGGGCAUCUUUAAUCAAAAGUUCCUGGCACAGUUUUAUUUCAGUAACCUGGCAUGUGACUGUUCUGUAA